AUGGCCAGCAACGCCGCACCUGUCCAGUCUCAUGUGGCAUCUGUGCAGUUGCCCAGUGAGUUCAAAACAGAGUACCACCCUCGUUCUGGCCGUUCGACAAUCUACCAAACCUUCAAUGAAUUCGGUAUCGCUCAGGAGACGCAGGAUGCACCCAUCGAUGAGGAACCAUGGCGUCCCUUCAGAUCACGCGGGGACUUCGAAUUUUCCGAGAUCGCGCUCGAUGCUGCGCUAAACAAGUCUCAAAUAAAUGCCCUCCUUGGACUCAUUUCGCGCAUCUCUCAAGGUCAAGCUCAAAUCACUCUGAAGAGUGAGACCGACCUUUUGAAGGCAUGGGACAACGCUGCGGCUGAACUGACACCAUUCUCAAAGCACGAAGUCCCUGUGACAUACAAGAGGAACGAGCAAGAAUAUGAGGUUCACGCACGGCCUAUAUGGGAUUGGGCCCUUGAUCUGCUGGACAACCCCAUGCUCGCGCCACAUUUCAUGUGGGACACAUGUCGCGUUUACAAGCACAACGGUACAGAGUUCGAGCGCUUUUUCGAUGAACCUUGGACGGGAGAUCGGUGGUGGGACAUUCAAUUGUCUCUUCCACCCGACGUCGAAAACGCCGUCCCAUUCUGUUUCAUCCUCUACGCUGAUAAGACAAAGCUGUCAUCUCACGGUACCGUCAAAGGGUAUCCAGUCGUGGUCCGAUGCGCAAACUUACCUGUAGACAUCCGGAAUGGUGAGGGGUUUGGCAGCGGUCGUGUGGUUGGAUGGUUACCUAUUGUUCCUGAAGAUGCAGCAGAAGAAGGCAAACUCGGAUAUACAAUGUUGAAGCGCGUUGUAUGGCAUGAAGCGUUCUUCAAACUCCUGGAACAUGCCACCCAGCACUCGAAGACUGGAUACUCGCACAAGGGCUACAAUGGGAUUCCACGAUGGCUGUUUCCUGUGAUACUGAUUCUUUCGGCCGACUAUGAAGAACAGUGCAUGAUGUCACUCAUACGUGGCCGCGGCGGCAAGUGCCCUUGCCCUGUCUGCCUAGUACCAUUGGCGGAGCUUCACGACCUCUCGAAGAGCUACCCAAUCAGAACCGUGGAAGAAGCCCAAGAAGCUCUCCGUGUUCAUAAGCUCAGUAAAGCUCAAGGUGAGCAGGUACUCAAAGCGCUCGGAUUGCGACCUGUUGCGAAUGUUUUUUGGCUCGUCUUGCGCUCAAGUCUGCACGAUGCGCUUAGUUUGGAUCGAUUGCAUUCAUUGCACGCUGGUCUUUGGAAGCACUUACUUGGAGAAUUGAAGAUAAUCCUCGCAUCGCUCGGACGUGAUGCUCAGGAAGCAUUUGAGAAGUUUCACAGGAUUGCUAACUUCCCUCAAUGGCGCAACCUUAACCACUUCGAAUCUGUCAUCAAUAUUUCAUUCACCGAUGGCAACAAAUACCAGGACCUCUCUAAGCAAACAUUGUAUCCAGCUUUGAAUAUCCUGACGCACAGAGCCAGUCCUGUUGGCUAUCAGCUGCUUCGCGUUAUCAGUAGUUAUCUCCAGCUGGAUAGCUGGAUCGGUCUGGAUGUGCAUACUGAGAGCACACUUGCAGCGAUCGAAGCCGAGCUUUUAGUUUUCGAUGCUGAGCUCAAGGCCUAUAUUACAUGCGCUGAAGAAUCAGACAUCGAGAAAUUGAAGCUCGACUGGGACUUUCCGAAGACCCACCUAUGGAAGCAUGUUGUUCGCGAUAUCCGACAUAAGGGAGUAGCGCGCAACUAUAGCACGUGUCCUAACGAGAAGCUUCAUGGCCCCCUCAAAGACACCUAUCACCAUCGAACGAAUGGAAAGGAUGUCGCGACACAAAUACUUCGUAUUGACCACCACAGAUUCUCCUUGAAACUUCUGAGAGAACCGCUUGGCGACCUCGGUGAAGAAGAUGCUCCCAUAGCCUUCAAUGGCCACGUGAAACUUGGCUCGCCGGCGCCGCAUCCUUCAACUAUCAUUGAUGUCGAGAGUCGCGGCCAAACAGAUUGUGCAUUCCAGUCUUUUCGCCGCAAAUUCUCUGAAUUCAUCAACACCGCUCUGCCUACCUAUGGCCAUCAACUAACGAGUUGGCUUACGCUUCCGGGCGAUUUCAAGAUUCACGAGCACCGCUAUCUCAAGGUGCACUAUGAGUCGGCGGUGGACUGGAGGCAAAAUACUGACCACCUCCGGUGCAACCCGCAAUUCCACGGGCAGCCGCGGUUCGACCAUGCGCUAAUACAACUCACUGCUGAGAAAACAACCUUUGUUCGUCUGAUUUUCAUGUUCAAAUAUGAUAUCUCGAACAUUGGGCCCUUUGAAUUCGCGCUUGUUCAACCAUACACUACCAUCACCGGUCCUCGCAGAAUGGACCGCAUCUUCAAGCUCACUCGUGUUAAGGCCGUCCCUAGGUCAUCCUCAAUAUUCAUCCCACUCAGUUCUUUCAUUCGAGGGGCUGUCUUAGUACCCGAUUCCGAGCGUCAAGAUGAAUACUUCAUCGCUGACCACAUUGACGGCGACAUAUUUCUCCGAAUGAAGGCCCGUCGGGUCCAGUAA